AUGAAUGAUCCCCUCCAGACACCAUACCAGUAUUCUCAGCCAGGAGACGUCAUCAUUGGCGGGAUCACUUCUCAGUUCUUCUCCAUUACUGACCAUGUCGCUUUCAAGGAGAACCCCAAAGGAAAUGUUUUACUUGAAACGUUUACAGUGCCCAAGAAUUACCAGCAUGUCUUGUCCUUGGUCUUUGCCAUGAAAGAGGUUAAUGAGAAUCCCAAGAUCUUACCAAACUUAACACUGGGGUUCCACAUCUAUGACAGCUUCUUUGACGCAAGGAUGACUUUUGGAAAUACCUUAAACCUUCUCUUUAGUCAGAAUAGAACUAUCCCCAACUACAACUGUGACAUCUGGAAGAACCUCAUAGCUGUCAUCGGAGGAUUGGACUCUGAAACCUCUCUUCAUGUGGCCUCUCUCUUAGGCAUUUACAAAAUUCCACAGGUCACAUAUUGCUUAUUUGCUCCUCCAAAGAGUGAUACAGUCCAGCUGUCUCCUUUAUACCGGCUUGUCCCCAAUGAAGAUCAUCAGUACAAUGGCCUUGUCCGGCUUCUUCUGCAUUUCCAGUGGAAGUGGGUUGGCACCAUUGCAGUGAGUGAUGAUAAAGGAGAACGGUUUGUCCAGACGUUGGCACACAAGUUUUCCCAGAAUGGCAUCUGUAUAGCCUUUAUGGAAAGAAUACCAACUUAUGGAAAUUUGUUUGAGGUGUAUGGAAUGUUAAAAUUGUUCCUGAAUUUGACAAUUUUCUUAACCAAGACUAGCGUCAGCAUCUGUAUUGUAAGUGCGGACUCUCAGUUCAUGAGCGCUUUGCAGUUGGCGCUGAAUCAGUUUGAUCCACAGUCUAUGACCCCCCUUCGCAAGGUGUGGGUUAUGAUGGCCCAUUUUGAUUUCUCAUCAGCAAUAUAUCAUAGAGAUCAAGACAUGCAAGUCUUCAAUGGCUCCUUGUCAUUUUCAGUUCAUCUCACUGAGGUUCAAGGGUUCCAAAGCUUCCUUCAAAGCCUGAAUCCCCAUGGUGAAGAAGACGGUUUUAUCAGGACGUUCUGGCAGCAGGCAUUUGACUGUGUCUUUCCAGAUACUGAUGUGGGCAACGAACCCAUGAAUAGUUGCACUGGGGAAGAGAAGCUGGAGAAUCUUCCGGGGACUUUUUUUGAAAUGAGCCUGACAGGCCAGAGUUACAGUAUCUAUAAUGCUGUCUAUGCUCUGGCACAUGCUUUACAUGCCAUGUAUUCACCCAGAACCAAGUAUAGCAUCAUGAGAGAUGGAGGCAAGCUGAAGCCUCCAAAGCCUCAGCAAUUUCAGCUUCAUCCGUUUCUGAGGAGUAUUACAUUUAAUAACAGUGCUGGAGACGAGAUAUCUCUUGAUGGGAAAGGUGAAUUGGUGGGUGUGUUUGAUAUUAUAAAUUGGAUUAUUUUCCCAAAUAAAUCCUUUUCAAGAGUGAAAGUAGGGAAAAUGGAUUCUCGAGCACCAUUGAGCAGAGAGUUCUCCAUUAAUGAUGAGACCAUUACAUGGCAUAGCAACUUCAAUCAGGUCAUGCCCCUUGCUGUGUGUAAUGACAACUGCCAUCCAGGUUACAGCAGAAAAAGAAAGGAAGGGGAACUUUUUUGCUGCUAUGAUUGUGCUCCAUGUCCAGAAGGGAAGAUUUCCAACCAGAAGGAUAUGGAUGACUGUUCCAAAUGCCCAGAAGAUAAGUAUCCAAAUAGAGAUAAAAAUAGAUGCCUUCCAAAGACCCUCAAUUUCCUGUCUUAUGGUGAAACUUUGGGCAUCAGUUUGGCUCUUUUGGCUCUGUCUCUUUCUGUGACCACAGCUGUGGUGCUUGGAAUCUUCAUCACGCAUCGGAACACGCCCAUCGUCAAAGCCAACAACAGAGAACUCUCCUUUUCUCUCCUCAUCUCCCUCCUGCUCUGUUUCCUCUGCUCCUUGCUGUUCAUUGGCCGGCCUGAGACAGUGACCUGCCAGUUACGCCAGACUGCUUUCGGCAUCAUCUUCACAGUGGCCAUUUCUUCUGUGCUGGCAAAAACCAUCAUUGUGGUUUGGGCUUUCAUGGCCUCUAAACCAGGAUCAAAGAUGAAGAAAUGGGCAGGGAAGGGCCUUGCAGGCUCUAUUGUUGCUUGUUGUUCAUUCAUUCAAAUGUGUCUUUUCAUGGUUUGCCUGUGCACUGAUCCUCCAUUCCCAGAUGUCGACAUGCACUCUCUGGCUGAAGAAAUCAUAGUGGAAUGCAAUGAAGGAUCUGGGAACAUGUUUUACUAUAUCCUGGGCUAUAUGGGAUUUCUGGCUCUUACCAGCUUCACCGUAGCUUUCUUUGCUCGGAAACUGCCUGACUCUUUUAAUGAAGCCAAGUUUAUCACUUUCAGCAUGUUGGUCUUUUGCAGUGUUUGGGUAUCUUUUGUUCCAACUUACUUAAGUACCAAAGGGAAAUACAUGGUAGCUGUGGAGAUCUUCUCCAUCUUGGCCUCUGGGGCUGGAUUAUUGGGGUGCAUUUUUUCUCCCAAAUGUUAUAUAAUUGCCCUGAGACCUGAAUUAAACAAUAAAGACCAUCUAUUCAGGAGAAAGUAG